UGUAAAGGUAUUAGACAACUGAACAUAUAAAAAGAGAACACUGAAGGCCGUGGAGCUCCUCAUUUUAUUCUCACUUUUAGCACUGCAGCAUUGAUGAUCCACCUCUGCCUGGACACAGAUCCGUAAAGCCCUUUCCUAGCUCCACUUUUUAUUUUAACUUUCAGCCCAGCCACUCUGAUGGUCCACCUCUGCCAGGAUACGGAUCUGAAAAGUUCAUCCUGGACCCUGAACAGCUCAGAGGGAGGAACCAGACCAGCAGUUCCUCACACCCUACUCUCUUUUUUUCUGCACAAUGGCUCCAUAACGACUGCUCCAUAAUGGCAGUGUGUGGGGCCCUGAUGCACACCAGGAUCACUCUUCUGCUGCUCUGCCUUGAGGUAUCUCUGUCCAUUCAUGGCCUCUCCCAGGCCAGGCCCUCCCAGCAUUUCAGCUCCCCGGAAGUGGUGAUCCCCUCGAAGGUGACCAGCACGGGUAGAGGUGCAAAGGCUCCAGGAUGGCUCUCCUACCGCCUGCGGAUUGGGGGCCAGAGGCACAUUGUCCACAUGAGGGUCAAGAGGCUGUUGGUUUCCACACACCUCCCUGUGUUCACCUACACAGAGCAGCAUGGCCUCCAGGAGGAUCAUCCCUUUGUCCCUGAUGACUGUUACUAUCAUGGUUACGUGGAGGGGGCCCCCGAGUCUCUGGUUGCCCUCAGCACCUGUUCUGGGGGAUUUCGAGGAAUGCUACAGAUAAAUGACCUCAUGUAUGAAAUUGAACCCAUCAGGCACUCUACCACAUUUGAGCACCUGAUGUAUCAGGUAGGCAGUGAUGAGACAGAGUCCCCGCACAUGAGAUGUGGGUUAACAGAAGAGUUAAUAGCACGCCAAUGGGCAUUUCAAGCAUCAUACAAUUUCUCUCUGAAACCACGUUCUCAUCUGAAUUGGUGGACCCACUGGCGAUUUGUUGAGCUAGCAGUGGUUGUGGACUAUUUUAGAUUCGAGUACUCUCAAAGUAAUGAGACAGUAGUGAUGUUAGAAGUAUUUGAUAUAAUUAAUAUGGUGGAUGAACUUUACUAUCACAUAGAGGUUGAUGUCAUUUUGACAGGGAUUGAAAUCUGGAGUGAGGGAAACCCAGUUGAAAUAACUGGUGAUUUAUAUACAGUUUCAGAGCAAUUUGCUAUGUGGAAAACAUCAAGUUUUGAUGAUCGUCUUCACCACGAUGUUGCAAAUCUUAUCAUAAAAGAAUUUCAUGACAGCAUUGGUGUGUCCUAUAUUAAAGGAGUAUGCCAACAUCCUCAUAAUUGUGGAGUUGAUGUAUUUCAAGACAAGAGGUUGGGUGCUUUUUCGCUUAUUUUGACCCACGAGCUUGGCCAUAGUCUGGGUAUGUCACACGAUGAGGAAUGGUGUACUUGUGGAGAACAGUUUUGCAUAAUGAAUCCCAACAGAGAGGCCUCACGGCGAUUCAGCAACUGCAGUUAUUCCCAAUAUAUGGCGAAUACCAUGGAUACUGGAACGUGUAUAUUGUCUCCUGCAAAACCAGAGCAUGUCGUAACGUUGAGCUUCUGUGGGAACCGCGUGGUUGAAGAAGGGGAGGAAUGUGACUGUGGAUCUUCACAGGAGUGUUCCCAAGAUCCUUGUUGUCUGAUGGACUGUGUUCUGAAGCCUGGGGUUGCUUGUGCUUUUGGAGGUUGUUGCAAAGACUGUGAACUCCUGCCACAAGGAACUGUAUGUAGGGAGCAGACCAAUGAAUGUGAUCUUCCAGAGUGGUGCAAUGGGAUGUCACACGUGUGCCCAGAUGAUGUAUAUAAACAGGAUGGUAUCCUCUGUAGCACAAAUUCCUACUGCUAUGAAAAUGCAUGUAAUAACCACGAUUCUCAGUGUAAGCAGAUUUUUGGCACAGAGGCCCUGAGUGCAUCUGAAAGUUGCUACAAUGAAAUGAACACCCAAGGAACUCGUUUUGGCCACUGUGGUAUUGAAGGCACCACAUAUGUAAAGUGUAUGGCUCCUGAUGUCAUGUGUGGGAGAGUUCAGUGUGAAAAUGUGCUCACAGUUCCAACACUGGUAGAACAUUCUACAGUGCAUCAGUUUCACCUCAAUGGCACCACUUGCUGGGGCACUGAUUAUCACCUAGGGAUGUCCAUACCUGAUAUCGGUGAAGUGAAAGAUGGCACGGUGUGUGCUCCAGGCAAGAUGUGCCUCCGCAGGAAAUGUGUCGAUAUGGUUAAGGCAUCAGAAACCUGUCAGACUCAGCAUUGCAACAUGAGUGGGGUCUGCAAUAAUAAACAGCACUGUCACUGUCACCCAGGAUGGGCACCUCCCAACUGUACUGUCAGGGGCUCUGGAGGUAGUGUAGAUAGUGGUCCACCACCACCAGUACCAUUUGAUAAGAACCCACCAGUGCCAGUGUCAACUAGAAACAAAAUAAUGCUUCUUCCAUCCACAUUACUCCUCAUUCCUUUGAUUCUUUCAUGUUUGUAUUGCUUCCUUGUGCUGUGUAAGAAAGAAAAGCCCAAAGAGGAAGCAGAGGAAGAAGAGGAAGCAAAGGAAGAGGGAGAAGAAGGUGAAGAGGAUUGAGAGAUAAGGGAGAGGAAGGUUAGCACUAUUGUUUCCUUCAAAAGUAUCUCUAAUUAUUCUUUUAGUUAUAGAAAUGGGACAUGUUUAACUGUUUAGACAAAAAUUUGUUGGUACCUUAUGCUUAGGUCAUAAGCGUUAAAUAUUACAUCUCGAGAUUCCUACAUACUCUUUCUUUGCAGCAUUUUCAGCAAUAUUAAACAUUCAUUUCUCCCUAAUUUGUAUCAUUAUUCUCGUUUAUAGCAAUUUGUAGUCUCCAGCAGCAGACACUGAGUUGGAUCUUAGGGUAAAAAAAUCACUUUAGACAGUAAAGGCUGUGAAAAAGAGGGUGAACAAGUCAGAGGUGCAGAUGAGAAGUCCAGCUACACUCCCUGCCUGGCCAGUCUCAGUGAAGUAUUAUCUGAGUUGUCUGAGUGGGGCCAUCGUGGCCUGAGCUUCUUACCCCCUCAUUGCUUUUUCACCCUGGAAAACGUUAGUGCCUGUGAGGCGCCCUUCUGAAACUCUGGCUGAAGUGUUGACAUCUGCAGGCCCCCACAGGUCGUGGAUAGCUGGUGAGCAGUGCCUUCCUCUCAGGCAGAUCCCAAUGGCUUUUCCCAUUGUUAGAGUGCACAACCUUGGCUCACUUUUCUUUUUACGUUCUGGCAACAACCCCUGGUGGAGACAUUAACAAAGGGAAGUUAGUGGGAUGAACCAUAGUCUCCAUGCUGUGGUGUGCAUGUUGCCAUUCUGAGUCUUUGUAUUCUUAUCACAUAUUAACUAAAGUUCUCUGUAAAUACAGUCCUCCCCUUGUUUUGGUUCUUCUCUGUUGCUAAGGUCAGUGCACAACCCCUCUACUGAGCCAAUUGUGUUUCCUCCACACCUACCUGUUUAAAUUUAAACAAACCUUUUCGAUUUUAUCCUAUAGAUUUCUCUCUCCUCCAUUGGCAGGAAAUUGCUAUUUUGUAUAGAAUCAGAGAGGAUGCUGGUGCGCAUGUCUAUUGCUUGCCAUCAGAUAUUCUCUAGCUGUUUUGUAGUUCAUGAAAGGCAUUUAAGAGGAAUCCUUCAAUGCUUUUGUUCUUAGAGCUACUAUUUUAUCAGUACCUCUUGUUGUAGGCUCAAUUCUAAGAUUCUUUCAUUUUAUUCCCCUGCCUUAGAGUCUUUGUGUAACUCCUUUCCAUGUGCUUGGGUGGGAUGGGUGAAAUCUCUAACCUGCUUCUUACCUAGUAUAUUAUAAAUGUUCUGUGAUAUUUUUUGUGAUAACAUAUUUUUCCCAAAGAAAACUUUUAUUUAAGGAAUACAAAUUUCAUAAGUACAACUUUAGGAAUAUAGUUAUUCUUCCCACCAUACCCACCCUCCCACCCACACUCCCACCCCUCCUCCUCCUUCUCCCAUUCCCAUUCUCCAUUAAGAUUAAUUUUCAAUUAACUUUAUACACAGAAGACCAAUUCUAUGCUAAGAUUUCAACAACUUGCACACACAGACACACACACACAAACUGUGAACACAUUUUACAGUUAAUUCUCUUAAUACAACUCACUGAAGACAGAGGUCCUGCAUGGGAAGUUAGUGCACAGUGACUCUUGUUCUUAAUUUAACAAUUAACACUCUUAUGUAUGACAUCAGUCACCACCCGAGGCUCUUGACGUGAGCUACCAUAGGGACAGUUCUAAGGAGGCAGCAAAACUUCCCUCCUUCCCUUCUCCUUCCUUCAACCUCCUUCCUUUAAUUUUUUUGCAGAUACACUUUCAAUCUACUCUAUAAUCACAGGCUUAAUUCCCCACUAACCAUAGUAUUCAAAAAGUAAAAAGCAGGAAAACCAAAGUUCCACAGAAGUAUAAGUAAGGGUUAAAAAUAACAGUCAUAUCACAGGAAUUCCAUUUUAUUCCUAUAUGUUUUUUGAUAUUCUAUAUUAAAUGCUGCAUAUCAGAGAAAACAUAUGAUAUUUGUCCUUUGGGGACUGGCUUAUUUCACUAAGCAUAAUGGUUUCCAGUUGCAUCCAUUUACUUACAAAAAAAAACAGAAUUUCAUUCUUUUUUGUGAGUGAGUAGUAUUCCAUAGUGUAUAUAUAGCACUUUCUCUUUAUCCAGUCAUCAGUUAAUGGACAUCUGGGUUGAUUCCAUAUCUUAGCUAUUGUGAAUUGAGCUGCAAUAAACAUGGGGGGGUGCAUAUAACUGUUUCAUAUGCUGAUUUCAUUUCAUUUUGGUAAAUUCCCUUCCUCUUCCUUUCCCCUUCCCCUCUCCCUCCCCUCUCCCUUUCUAUGUGUAACUCUGACUUUCAAAUAAAAAAUAAAUUUUUAAAGGUCCUUGCUGUUGUGGCAAAGUGGGUAAAGCUGCUAUCUGAUAACAUAUUUUAAUUUACUUUAUAGUCAUAUGCUUAAUGUUCCACUAAAUAAAGUGAUCAACAAAUUAAAAAGUAUAAAACCAUCGUUCAACACAUUUAUAGACAAUGGCUCUAUAUAAUAAUCAACUCGUAAGAUAGCAAUUUCCUUCAUAUAUAUUUAAAUUUUAUUUUUUUAAAAUGUGAUGUUUUUAUUUUGGGGUCUGGAUUAUUUCACUCAGCAUAGUAGUUUCCAUAUGCAUCCGUUUUGUUGCAAAAACCAUGAUUUCAUUAUUUUUAUGGCUGAGUAGUAUUUCAUUAUGUCAUGUACCACAUUUUGUUUACCUAGUUAUCUGUUGAUGGACAUCUGGAUUGAUUUCAUAUCUUAGCUAUUGUGAAUUUAGGUUCUGUAAACACGGGGGUACAAAUAACUCUCCAUAUGGUGACUUCAUUUCUUUUGGGUAUAUUCCCAAGAGUGAUGGCUGGGUAUUAUCAUAGAUCUAGUUUUAGGUCCUGAGGAAUCUCCAUACUGUCCCCAACAAUAGUGGUAUCGUUUACAUUCCCAUGAAUACUGUAUUAGAGUAUCUUUUCCUCAACAUCCCCCUGCCCCAGUGUUGGUUGUCUUUAUAGUUAGAUGAUAGCUAUUUUAACUAGGGUGAGGUGAAACCUCUUUGUGGUUUGUAUUUGUAUCUCCCUAGUAACUAGUGGUCCUGCACGAUUUUUCAUUUGUCUGUUGAGUCAUUUGUAUUUCAUCCUUUGAAAAAUGGCUAUUCAUUCCUUUGCCAGUUUCUUAAUUAGACUGUUUGUUUUGUUGUUGUUGAGUUUCUGAGCUCCUUAUAUAUUCUGGAUAAUAAUUCUUUAUCAGAUAUAUAGUUUGAAAGCAUUUUCUCCCAUUCUGUUGGUUGCCUCUUUGCUUUGUCAACACUUUGUAUUUCUUUUGCUGUGCAGUAGCUUCUUAGCUUGAUGUCAUCCCAGUUGUCUAUUUUUGGUUUUAUUACUUGUACUUCUAUUAUGUCAUCCAGGAAAUUUCAUGUGAUUAAGUUCCUUAACUGAGUUUUCUAUUUUCCUUUCCUUCUCUUCUUUUCUCUACCCUUCUCUUUUAUUUAUUUAUUUAUUUAUUUAUUUAUUUAUUUAUUUUGCUGAGUGAUAGCUGCAUUUAUUCUUAAGGAGGCCAUAAAUUUGUCCUUUAGUUUCAAAAUUAUUUUCACAUCAAUUCUCAUGUUAAUGUGAUAUUAAUACAAAGAGAACAUAUUCAGUGUAGUUGAUAAAUUGUUUCUUCCUUACUUCCCCCUCUCCUCCCUCCAUGCCUACUUCUGUCUCUCUUUCUUUUUAAGUUUUGAUAUAGCAUGCUUUUAAUUUACAUUGCAGUCUAGGGCUUAAUGCUCCAGUAAAUAAAGUGUUUAAAAGUAAAAUGUACAAAGGCCCUCGUUUUGUGGGUUUAUAGGCAAGGGCUGUAAAAAUAAUCAAAUGAAAGCAUGACCAUUUCCCUGCUAUUCAGUAAAUUUUUAAAUAAUCACAAAUCAUUAAAAGUAUAAAAAUAUAUCAUUCUUAAUCAUUUGUUUAAGAAAGAUACAAAUCAAUGUUUGACAAAACUGUAUUUGCAGCAAUAGUGAGGUACACAGGCAUUUCUUUUUCAGUUUUUUUGAUUUUUUUAAAAAUUUAAUCCCCAUGCAUAAGAUAAGGGAGAACAUGCCGCAUUUGUCUUUCUGUGUCUGGCUUGUGAACUACCUAGGUGGCCAUAGUUUCUCCAGUUUAUAAAAGAUCUGGAGGUGAGACUUGAAGCACAUAUUGUUUCUUUCUUCCUGGAUCAAGCAAAAGCCAGUUGCCAUGAGUUCUACAGAUGAAAGGUUAUGAAAUCCACAACAUGAGCCAGCUUGACAUCAAAUCUGAAUCCAAUAUGGUCUUUGAUGCCAAUGAAGUUUAGCUGGCAAAUUGCUUGUUGCCAAGAGCCUAGCACUGGAGGCUAUGCCUAUAUUCUUCAACCAUGGAACCUGUGAGAUAAUAAAUAUCCAUUAUUUUAAGCUGCUGAAUUUGUGAUAAUUUGGUACAUUGUAUAGAAAACAAAUUCACUUCAAAACCUUGGUACAUCUCAUUUGCUUACGACUACUCUAUGCAAAGGAUAUGAUAAGAGAGACAAGAGGACUUCACCUGCAUUAGAGAUGCUUGGCCAGAGGUUUCAUCCGUGAUCCUGGUUUCCUCUCCUGGCAUCUGGCAGCCACCUAUUAGUUUUGGCAUGCUGCCCAGAUUUGUCACUGCUUCCUUGUCAUCAUAAUGCGAAACAUUGCUCAUACUCUAUACUGCUAAUGUUGCAUGUAUCCAUAUUCACGGUAUUGAAGACAGUAGUGUCUGUUAACAGUGUGUCUCCGAGCUUAACUUUUUAUUUCAAAUACUAUAUUAUUAAUGAUAUAGUGAUGUGAAAGUCAGCCAAUUGCCGAAAUGAUUUUGUCUGAACCAAAAUUUAUAUUUUAAAUGUUAAUGAGAUUUAAAAUGCUGAAAGUUUAGUCCUCUGUACAUUUUAAUGAACUUACUCUAAGGUUAAACCUCCCAUUGAAGCUUUACUUGGAAAAUUGAAAUGAAAUGGUUAGAUCUGGGGCACCUUGUGAAAACCAGAAAAUAAGCUACAUUGAUUAACCUAAUGGUCAUGUUAGGAUUCAGUAGCUGAUGCAAGCUGUUUGAUGAGAAGGCUGCUGUCCCCAUUAUGUGGUUGGAGACACGUGGGCAGUGUUCCUGGUCCCAAACACAUGUGCCACUUGCAAUUACCCAACAAGUAUGCCUACUUUCUUUCUUUUCUUUUCUUUUCUUUUUUUUU